AUGAUAAACCUGGCUCAUGUUUGUGAAGAUGGUGUGGUAACAAUCUUGUUUGAUCAUAACGGCGAAAUUCCACUGUACUCAGCUACUAGCAUGACGGGGCAACAGCUAUUGGUCGGAAGCUCCGGCGGCCGGCCUACUAAAUAUUUCCGAGAGAGCAAGGCAAUACUGAGAAAAGAUCAACAGAGAAAAAAGGACUACAAGUUAUCGCUUCAUCGAAAACUUUGUGUUAAAACGAAUGGCAAGAAAGCUCUUGUUGUUGAUAAGAAAUGGGCUAAGGUUCGCAAGUCUGUGGCAAAGAAGGCCAUCGAUGUCAAGGUUUCCAACCCCGCACUGUUAGAAUCAGAAAUUCACAAAGGGCACUUGGUUGCAUCAAACUACGGCAGAGGUAACAAGGAGGGGAUGCUAGCAACAUUUACCUACACAAACGUUGUUCGUCAGUUUGGACGUUUCAAUUCUGGUCCAUGGCAAGAGUGUGAAACCAAACUUGUAGAGUGGGGAAAAACAAUUGUGCCUUUAACGGUGCCCAGAAUGUGA